AUGCACUUCCCUACCAUUACCGUGGCUGCCUUCGCGGUUGCUCCUCAGCUGGCAUCCGCGCACUUUCUCUUUCCCCACCUGAUGCUCAACGGUGUGCGCACUGGCGCCUUUGAGUAUGUCCGUGAACACGACUUCGGCUUUAUGCCGCACAACAACGACUGGAUCAACUCACCCGACUUCCGCUGCAACGAGGGUUCCUGGAGACACCGCCGCGAGCCCAAGACGGCACAGGUCACUGCUGGUCGAGACACUGUUGGGUUCAACCUGCACCUUGACUUUGGCAUCUACCACCCAGGACCGGUUACUAUCUACCUCUCCAAAGCCCCCGGCGACGUCCGCGACUAUGAUGGCUCGGGCGACUGGUUCAAGGUCUACCAGCUCGGCACGAUGAUGCCCUGGAACGGCACCGACCAGGGCUGGCUCACCCGCGACAAGAAGAACUUUCAAUUCCGUCUGCCGUCUGAGAUUCCCGCUGGCCAGUAUCUGAUGCGUAUUGAGCAGAUGAGUGUCCACCCACCGUACAGGCAGAAGGAGUGGUACGUCCAGUGCGCUCACCUCAACAUCGCAAGCAAUUACAAUGGACGCGCCCCCGGUCCGACUAUCCGCUUCCCGGGCGGUUACAAGAUCAGUGACCCGGCGAUCCAGCUUGACAGCUGGGCUAAACCUCCCCCGAACUUUGCGCCCAUGCCUGGCCCGCAGCUUUGGCCUAACUAG